CAAACUGUUGGCUCCCUUUGAAACCAGAUUGUUACAACAAUAGUUUGGCUAAUCCACUCUAAAACUUUUUGGUAGGUUUUUUUAUUAUUAUCUUAUCCAUUUAGUAGGCUAUCCAACGCAAAACAAAUGCAGAAUUAAGGUUUCAUCAUCACAAACGGGGAUCACAAUGCAUGUAAUGAAGCUGAUGCUACAUUGUAACUGUGUGAGAUCAAUGGGCUUCCACUCUGGUCUGUUCUCGCGGGUGGAAAACUUUUCAAGUAGCUGUCAAUGGCGAACCCGCAAAAAGGUCAGUGAGUACAGCAGAGUGGACACGGAACGAUACUCAUCACUGGUGCGGGCGGUUGUAUCCUCAAAAAUCAGCUCUAAGGCUCCUGAAAGCAUUAAGGAUUUGGACUGUCAGCUGUGCGGACCUGUUAUCAGAUCGAGACCACCUUCACAAGAGCGCAGAAUGCCUAAAAACCUGCAUCCAAUGCUAAAUCAGGCCAAAGUUCAUUCGGAGUAUGUGCCGGGAUCAUUGGCUCGUGUAAACUUACAGAAAGACUCUAAUAAGCCAUCUAUGCCCAGUGUGACUCGGAUCCUUCAGAAGACCAUGCCAUCUGAGCAAGCUUUUUACCUGGAGAGGUGGAAGAGAAGGAUGAUUGCUGAGCUCGGAGAAGAAGGGUUUAAAGAAUAUAGCUUGGGUAUUUUUAAGCAGGGGAAGCUGUUCCAUGCUGCCAUUGAGGUAACUUUCAUACAGGAAACCCCUUCUAAGGAGGAAGCAGAGUGGCCAGAAGGGGUGGCAGGAUAUUUAGAGAGUGUAUCUCAUGUGCUGAAUGAUAUCACAGAAGUGAGAGCUAUUGAGAGUGCAGUGCAUCAUUUAACAUUACAGUACCUAGGCAUUGUAGAUUGUGUCGCCCAUUACAGAGGUUCGUUGUGUGUCAUUGACUGGAAGACUUCAGAAAAGCCUAAACCCUUUCUUCACAAUACUUACGAUAAUCCUUUACAAGUAGCUGCAUACAUUGGAGCCUUGAACAGUGAUGACAACUACAGCUACCAGGUAGAAAAUGGGUUAAUUGUAGUGGCCUACAAAGAUGGAUCACCUGCACAUGCCCACUUCCUGAACUCGGAGAAGAUUAUGCCAUUCUGGGUGAAAUGGCUGCUUCGACUAGAAGAGUAUGCUGAAAAAUAAGAGCCCUUCUAAUAGUACUGUGUAACCAAAUCAAGCCUAUGGUUUUUAAUUAGCUUUACACAAUGUGUAGUAAAUGUUUGUUUAAAAUUUGAUAUAAAGAAUAAAUGGUUGUUAUUUACACAGUUGUAUUCAAGGAAUGAGUUAAAAAUUAAAUCAAUUCAUUUGUGUUGUUAAAGGAAUAGUUCACCCAAAAAUGUAAAUUCUCUCAUCAUUUACUCACACUUAUGCCAUCCCAGAUGUGUAUGUUUUGGUCACAAUUAACCAUUUCACUGACAGAGCUGAGAUAUUCUUCUAAAAAAAUGUUUUGUAUUCUGCAGAAGAAAGAAAGUUAAUACACACCUGGGAUGGCAUGAGUGUAAGUGAAUGAUGAGAGAAAAUUCAUUUUUGGAUGAAUUACUCCUUUAAGGAUAAACAAGUACAAAGGAGUGUAUGUGCCAAGGCAAAUAAACCUCUUCCAAUCAAUGA